UGCUUUGCUCUGCAACAGCAGUUACUUAAUAGUGAUAACAUUGCGAUAUAUUUCAUUUUAUUUAAAUACACUCAGUCUCUAAGCAAGUAUGUACGAAGUUAAGAACAAAGUUUUCUUCAUUACUGGUGGCGCUGCUGGCAUAGGAGCUGGUGUGGUCAAGGUUUUUCUUGGGGAGGGGGCUAAGCAUGUCGCCAUCCUAGAUGUCGACGUGAAAAACGGGACUGCACUGGAAGCCGAACUUAUAGCUAAAUAUGGUGCGGACAAAGUAAAGUUCUACAAAUGUGACAUCACAACCAGUGAACUAAACGAUACUUACGAUGCAGUUCUUAAGCAGUGUGGAUAUAUCGACACGGUGGUCAACUGCGCUGGGAUACUUAACGACAACGCUAAUGUCUACAUGAAGGCUAUAGCUGUUAAUAUGACGGCUCUAAUCACAAGUUCAUUACGUGCAUAUGACAUCAUGCGCAAAGACCAUGGAGGCACAGGGGGCACCAUCAUCAACAUCUCAUCCAUCGGUGCGCUCUUCCAGGAUCAAUGUUUACCAAUCUACCACGCCACUAAGAGCGCGGUCCUGCAGUUCAGCCUUUGUCUUGGGAUGGAACCUACUUACUCCCGGACUGGAGUGCGAGUGGUAACUCUAUGCUUUGGUUGCACGGACACUUCGCUGCUCACCACAAACAAAGCGGACAGUUUCGAUCCGGACUUAAGGGGAUCAUUUUUUGAUGGUCUUAAAGUUAUGCCAACUCAGACAACCGAAAACGCUGUGCGUGGACUGGUAGAAGCAUACAAAAGAGGCGCCAGCGCAUCCACUUGGCUUGUAUCUGGAAACAAACCUGCGGAAGACAUCUCAGCCAACGUCAAGGAAGCGUACGCAAUACUUAGCAGAGGAAUCACGGACUAAAUGAAGUGAUACGGAAUAAUUAAAUGUA